GGGAAAUCGAUAAAGGGCGCCACUAUUACUGCUACUCCCGCUUACGAGAGCUUUACGAGGAGGAUCACUUUUUGCAAAGAUGGUGAAUACCAGCUGGUUGGCCAUACUCUCCCUGGGGGCAUAUGCCGUCUCCUUCACUCAGGCAGCGCCAGACGUCUACGGGGCGCCUCCUCCCCCUAGGGCCUACUGCCUCCCCCAGGUGAAAUAUGUCACCAAGUACCAGACACAGGUGGAGAAGCUACCAGUGUACGAAACGGUCUACGACAAGCAGUACGUGCCCACGACGAUCUACCAACCCGUGUACGAGACCGAGUAUGUCACGAAGGUCGAGACCGAGUACGUACCCGAGUACGUCACGGAGACCGAGUACAAGACGGACACGAAGUACGUCACGGACUACGAGACCCAGUACGAGACGAAGUACGAGACCAAGACCGAGCACGUGCCCGAGUACGUCACGGAGACGGACGUGAAGUACGAGACCGUCGUGCAGACGGACGUGAAGUACGAGACCGUCUACAAGACAGAGUACCAGCCGCAGUACGUCACCAAAACGGCCCUCCACUACAACACGGUCUACAAGACCAACUUAGUCCCGUACUACCAGACCGUUUUGAAAACCCUCCAGACGUACAAGACGGUCUGCCCGAAGCCGUACGGAGGGUACGGGUACGGUGGGUACGGUCACUGACGCGUCUGAUGCACGUAUCGAUACUGCCAUACUGUCAAAGUUGCCAAAUAGGGAAUUAUGCUUUUAAUUAUUUGCUUUUAUUGGCUUACAAUUAUCAAUGUAAACAUGAUAAAUGAAUUACACGGAGUUAUCCAAUAAAAUUAUUAAUCUAGAAAUUAAUAAAAUAAAAUUAUGCAUUGUAGAAUUAUAAAACUAACAUUGACUCGUCUGAUACCCGUAUUGAUAUUGCCAUAAAGACAGAGUUGCCAAGCAGGGAAAUAUGCUUUCUUAUUAUCUGCUUUUGUCUACUUUAAAUUAUUAAUGUAUAAAAUUGAAUGCCAUAAAUUAUGCAUCGCAGAAUGUGAAAUAAAUCAUGUA